CCCAGAUAACACCUACUUUGUAGGGUUUGCCCGGUCUAACCUGACCGUGGAGGACAUCAAGACAGCAUGUCUGCCUCAUAUGAAGUAUUUCCCUCAGGUCACUGAUGAGGAGCGUGAGCAUCUCUCAGCCUUCUUGAGUAAAAACUCCUACCUUAGCGGCAGGUAUGACGACAGCAGCUCCUUUGUCCAGCUCAGCACCCAUCUGUCAUCUGUGCCUGGGGGAACGGACGCCAACAGACUCUUCUACCUGGCUCUGCCACCGACUGUCUACUACCAUGUCAGCGCAAACAUAAGAACCCACUGCAUUAGCCACAAAGGCUGGAACAGGAUAAUAGUUGAGAAGCCCUUUGGCCGUGACCUCCAAAGUUCAGAGGAGCUGUCAGCUCACCUGUCCUCCCUGUUCACAGAGGACCAGAUCUACCGCAUAGACCACUACCUGGGCAAAGAAAUGGUCCAGAACCUCAUGGUGCUAAGGUUUGGAAAUCGCAUCUUUGGACCUAUAUGGAACAGGAACAGUGUGGCCUGUGUGGUUCUCACCUUCAAGGAGCCUUUUGGCACUCAGGGUCGUGGAGGAUACUUUGAUGACUUUGGUAUCAUUCGAGACAUUAUGCAGAACCAUCUCCAGCAGAUGCUCUGUUUGGUUGCAAUGGAGAAGCCUGCUUCCACCAGUCCCGAUGAUUUGAGGGAUGAAAAGGUGAAAGUGUUGAAGUGUAUAGCUCCUGUUGGAGUGUCAGAUGUGGUGCUAGGCCAGUAUGUUGGGGACCCUGCGGGGGAGGGCCACUCCAGACUGAGUUACCUUGAUGACCCCACCGUACCAAAAGACUCCUGCACACCAACAUUUGCCACAGCAGUACUGUAUGUUCAGAAUGAAAGAUGGGAUGGAGUUCCUUUCAUUCUGCGCUGCGGUAAAGCUCUGAAUGAGCGGAAGGCAGAAGUACGUCUGCAGUUCACUGAUGUGCCAGGAGACAUCUUUGGCAAACACUGUCAGAGGAAUGAGCUGGUGAUACGUGUGCAGCCAGAUGAAGCCAUUUACCUGAAGAUGAUGACCAAGCGGCCUGGGGUUUACUUCAGCCUGGAGGAGACUGAGCUGGACCUCACCUACAAGAGCAGAUACAAGAAUGUGAAGCUGCCAAAUGCUUAUGAGAGACUGAUACUAGAUGUCUUCUGUGGAAAUCAGACGCACUUUGUUCGCAGUGAUGAGUUGCGGGAGGCCUGGAGGCUCUUCACCCCCCUCCUCCACUAUCUAGAGCGAGAGAAGACACAACCCAUCCCAUACACAUAUGGAAGCCGUGGUCCAAAUGAGGCAGAUGAUCUCAUGAAGAGGGUGGGAUUCCGACAUGAGGGAACAUACAAGUGGGUUCAGCCCCACACGGCAUGCCUUCUGUCACACUCAUGAACAUGUUGACACCAUCAUAAAAGUUGGCAAAGCCCUGCAGUGUUUCACUGCUCUACCAGUUUGUCUACACUGCUGUUUUUCCUAACCACACAAGAAUUGUCAAACAAAACUGUAACCGCCUGAUUUGAGAGUUCCAUCUGUUAAGUUUGAUAUUUCUAAAUAAAUCAAUAUACAUUG